AUCCUAUCCAUCCUAUCCAUCCUAACUUUGCCCCAUCUUUUGCCCCAUCUUUUGCCCAUCUUUGCCCCAUCUUGCCCAUCUUUUGUCCAUCUUAUCCAUAUCUUCUACUCGUACGGACACGGGAGUACUACAUAUACAACUACAUGGUACACAGAUCUUACCUUCUUACACUUCCUUCCUUCUUAUUUGUCCAUAACAUACGAAAUACGAAAGAAGAAAUACAAAAGAAGAAAUACGAAAGAAGAAAGAAGCAACAGAAGAAGCACACGUCUUUCUUCACACUAAGUAACCAAAUACACCUUCUUUCGACUCACCAUUUCCACCUUUUUUAACUACCUUCCUACCUUCUUACCUUCCUACCUUCCUACCUUCCUACCUGCCUUUACUUUCCUUCCUCCUUUCUUCUUUCCACCAUUCUCCCGAACCGAAUAUCCCUCGUCACUCUCCCUUUCCUCCACCUUCCACCGCCGAUCUUCACCAAUCCUCACCGAUCUUCACCAAUCCUCACCGAUCUUCACCAAUCAUCACCACACAACGGCAAUUAUCUCAAAACUUCCCUCAAAACUCACCUCGGCUCUACUUCUCUGUUACUUCUCUGCUACUUCUCUGACUGGCUGCACAUCUGCCAUCGAAACAGUAAGAGAGCCGUUACGCCGUUAUCUGCCGUGAUCAGAAGUGGGAUCCUCGAAAUAUAGCGCCCAACAGUCCCUCAUCUUGGGAUCCACACAGCCGUUUUCUCUACAUGCAUAUAUAUGUAUAUAUAUUUAAUUAUAUAUACAUGUAACCACACAUAACACCACCCACACCAAACGGAUUCGUCUCCUGUCGCUACACUCACUUCAACGGUCCUGGUGUUUCAUACACGAACGCAGAACCCCAAACGCCUAACAUCCUCGACAAAUCUUGCGAUUUGACCCUGCACACAACUGCCGAUACCGCCCACGACCAUUAGCUCACCACGCAAUUGCGCGGCCGGUGCGACAGACCUACAAGGAGGAGCGCUUCAGAAAAGGCGCGGCUGCGUGGCAACUUCUCAAUUGGGGAAGUUGACUUCGUUUAGCCACCGGCAAUCCUACACUGCGAGCUUCCGUACGGCGCUCGUAAUCGAAUAUAAUACAUAGAGAAGAGGCGAUACCACACGCUGGGGUAGAUACCCAGCCGAUAUAAAGAUGACGGAAACAUACAGAGGGCACGUUCGGAGCCCUGCGGAUGCCAUAAAGCUAUUUGAGGCUUGCCGACUGGGCUUAUUACCCCGCGUGCAACGACGACUAUCGGAGAAGGAGAGGCAAUCAAUAACAUCUGGCUCGGUGUUCGUAUGGGACGAGCGCGAAGCAGGCAUGCGCCGGUGGACGGACGGAAAAUCAUGGAGUGCGAGCCGCGUCUCUGGCAGCUUCCUCACAUACCGCGAGAUGGAGGGCAAGCGCGGCGGGGGCAACUUCGUCCCUGCGCCGCGGCGACUGGGCGGGAAGACACCAGAUAGUGGGCGCGGCAGCGACGAGGACGCAGAUAUGGACCAGGAUAGCCUAGACGGAUACCGUUAUAAGGCAGAUGGGCUACUGAAGCAGUCAUUCAGCAUCACGACAUCUAGCGGCCAGCACCUUCACCUAAUCAGCUACUUUGCGCGCCAGCACCCGAGCAUCACCGAUCUUCCACAGCCAACGACCGAUCCGGCACUGCGACAUAUCGUCCCUAUCAAGGGCAUGUAUCCCGAGUCCACAGUCCACGAUCAAGCGCCACUUCCUCCCCGCCAACCCAUCCAGGGAUCUUAUAUGUCCUCGCCACAACAGAUGAUGCCAGGAAACGCCCCUCACGCCCGGUCGCCAUACCCCUAUUCCCCCGGCUACGGCGCCUGGCCACGCUCUCCAGUCCCUACCCCGCCUUACAACUACCCUCCCGCGAUGUACGGCUCGCAACUCCCCCCUCCCCCACCAAACGACAGGAGUCCACACCAGUACUCCCCUCAACACCUCCCUCCACACAUGCAGCACCACCCUGCACCGCAGCCAUACGACCGCUCCCCUCACCAUCCGCACAGCCCACACGAUAGCAUCGCUCCACGACACCUCUCCGCCUCCGGCCCGCCACCACAGAUGAGCACCCUUGCAUACGCGACAAAUGCUGCCCGCGACGCCCAGCACGCUUUAGCACAGGCGCAGGCCAUGCAGGCACAACAACUGGGACAGAUGCACUCAGGUUCCAGGGGACCAGCCUCUGUAGAUCCAAGGUUAGGGCCUAGAGUGCCACCACUCCAUCACCAGCAGUCGAACGGGCACGCGCCGCCGCCUCUUCGCCGCCUCUCGUCGCCAACUGGAAGCAGGGACGGUUCGCUGGGACAGGAUAGGUCGCAACAGAGGAGUCCGCUGUCGAAUGGCGCGCCGCCGCAGCAGUCGAGAAGUGGAGAGGCCCAGAGCAUUCCCAGCAUUUCAAAUAUGGUGCACGGCACCCCCUCUUCCCGCCCCCCGCCCUCAUCUACACCCUUAUCCGCGUCCUCCUCGCAACAGCGCAGCCCCGGUGGCGCGCCCCAAAAACCGAGCACGUCGAGCAGAAUGCCCGAUAAGGGCGUCAGCCCCGUCAAGAACGACGACGAGGAGGCCAAGGGCGCGAAUGGCAUCCCCCGAGAGAUCCCGCAUGCUAAUAUCACGGGUCCUGGGUUUGGAGGGGAGGAUCUGCGCGCGUUGAGGGUGCUGGAUCGGAAGUUUUGUAUCUGAAAGAAAGCAUUUCUGCCUCCCACCUCACCGGGGUUGGGGGGGGGUUAAUAUUAACUCGGAGAUUUUCUACCGGAGGGAGGGGUGAGGAAGUAAUUAGGGGGCUAUGUGACUUUGACAAAAGUUUGGGAGGAGCGCUCAUUGUUAUUUUUUCGUCGACAAUGAACUUCUUCGCUUCGCUUUUUCGAGGGGGGAUUCUGCGGUUUCCUAUGAGGGCAAUGCGCGAAUAGGGAGACUGGAGAUGGGGGAAUGGACACGAUACGACUGCUUUGUUAGAGGGGCCUACUCACGAACGGACCGGGAGCAGGGGGAUAUGGAUACUUUUUUUUUUUAACGCUCGUUAUUUUUCCCUAGGAGUUGGGGGCCGCAAGGCAUGGCAAGGCACGGUGGAGUGAACGGAUGGAUGGAUUGGAUGGGGAUGGGGAUGGGCUGGGGGGCUAUGGCAUUUGCUCUUUCGAUAACUUUUUUUUUUGGGCUUGGUUUUGGUAGUGGUUUUGGGGGUUCGCUUUGAGGCGUUUUUCGCGG